CAUUAAUUCUUAUUAUAGAACUCGAUUGGCUAGAACCAUGCGUGCCAUCAUCCUGUUGGCCAUUUUGGGCUCCGCUCUCGGUAAGUAAAAAAAAGGAUUUGUCACGACGUUGUAGGCUGUUCUCUCUAUAUAUAAAUAUAUAAAAAUUUAUUAAGAAUUAAAAAUAUGGAAGUAUUUUUCUUGAAACUGUAUUUUCUGGAAAUUGGUGUUGGUUGAAGACACAGCAAGAAUUUUCGAUGAAAUUUGGCGAUUUUUUUGGCAAACGACGGCAAUUGGCACCGGCGUACUAACUAUGUCGCGGGUUUGAUUCCCGUGUGUGUCAACUCUGUGUAAUCCACAAAUCACACCCAGACCUGAAUUUUUUUAACAUAAAAUGUUCUCCACCUCUAUCUGGCCGCAAAGUGCUAGUUUCAGAAUCAUUUUGCUUAAGCUACAAAAUAAUAUUCCUUUAAUUUUUUAGCGGUUCCCAGAAAUAGCGCGCGCUACAUCCUCCUCCUCCAAGUCACGAAAUCGACCCGUGAGUGAUUUGGUUAAAACUAGGAGCGCGCUUUCCUUGUAGCCUUAGGUGGCCGACCACGCAGACGACGUGGUUGGACGGGUUCUAGGAACUCAGAGUGAGUACCAAUCAGAGCCACAAGAUCAGAAACGUGGUAACAACCUAAGACCUGACCCUGACUAUCGACCAACUCGUAAGAUGUAGGGCUGAUUUUCCUCUGGAUUGUAUACGGUCCAUCCCUUUGAGGCAUGAACUUGCGAGUUAAGCCUUUGGGUGCGUUACUAAGGGAGUGAGUCGUUAGUAAUACUUGGUCACCAACCUGAAAAACCGGAGAGGGACGUCGCGAAGUGUCGGCAUACUCCUUCCUAAGAUCUUGUUGUCUCUCGACUCGAUCUCUUAUAUCCCGCAGUGAAUCAAUAAAUUUAGAAAGAUAAGGCGUAACCUGAGGAACAAACGCUUCUUUAUCUAAGAUCGCACGCAAGUCAUGCUGUGCGUCAAAAGGUGUUCGCAUUUCGCGGCCAUACAUCAUGUACGACGGUGUCAACCCUGUAGUUGAACAAGUUGCAGUGUUGAGGGCAAACCUUACCUGGGCUAGAAACUGGGGCCAAGUGCGGUGUUCGUUCUUGACCAGUAUGGCCAGCUGAACCUUCAGGUCUCGAUUUUUCCUUUCAGCUGGAUUAGCCUCAGGGUGAUAGAGUGGUAUCAAGUUUUGCUUGACGCCGAACAAGAACAUGCACUGUUGCAUCACCGCGGAAAUGAAUUGCACUCCAUUGUCGGAAAUGACACGUCUAGGAAAACCAUAUCGAAGGAAAUACUCUUCGAUCAGUAAUUUAGCACAUACUUCAGCUGUAGCCUCCUUGAUGGCGUAUAAGUCGACCCAUCGUGUGGCAGUAUCCUCAACAAGGAAUACCCACUUCUCGCCAGACUCCGCUUCCGGAAGAGGACCAAACAAAUCUAUAGCAAGUACCUCACCUCGUUGGUUUAGUACUGGUGUCUGCAGAAGUCCGGAAGGUUUCUGAUUGGAAAACUUAUACCUUUGACAGUCUACACAAUUUUUCAGAUAGUCUGAUACGUACUUACGCAUACCUGUGAAGUAAUAUCGCUGUUUGAUGCGGUUAAUCGUCCGCUCUACCCCUUGGUGACCAGCUGUAGGUGCGUCAUGAAAUUCUUCCAUUACAUCCUUGAGCAUGGAAACGGGAAUCACUAACUGUGGUUCUUCGGACUCAGUCUCGGGAGCAUAGCGGUAAAGGACCCCCUGAUCCAUAAGGUAACCGCGCUCUAACCAGCGGGUGGAAGCAACGGUAUCAGUGGUGUUUUCGAUAUCUUUGAUGAUCUUACUUACCUCAGAAUCAUCCAGCUGAGCCGACCGAAGGUCGGUUGCACUCUUGCGAGGUACGUCCAAGAUUACCGAACAGACCCCACAGUCGUCCUGGGAAGCCUCGCUACAAGCAGGGCGACUAAGAGUAUCAGCAAUAACGUUAGUUUUACCGGGAGUAUACUCGUAGCGGAUGUCGAACGCUUGUAAUUUGAGAGCCCAGCGCAUCAACCUGCCACUGGGAGACUUUAAAGUUAACAACCACUUUAGCGGUUGGUGGUCACUACGCAGGAUAACGGGGUGGCCUUCAAUAUAUGGGCGGUACUUUUCAACGGCCCAGACUACAGCGAGCGCCUCUCGCUCUGUAGUUGAGUACUUACGUUCCGCAGACGUAAGCAGCCGACUGGAAUAUUCGAUAGGGUGCAUGUCGUUACCUUCACCUUGCAACAGUACGGCACCUAAAGCGUAAUUACUAGCAUCUGUAUGAAUGAUAAAUGGUUUACUAUAGUCGGCUUGCACGAGGACUGGUGCUGUAAUGAGCCUCUUCUUUAGUUCAUUGAAAGCUCGCCGCUGAUCUUCAGUCCAAGUCCACGGUUCGUUCUUCCUGGUGAGCUUAGUAAGAGGUUGAGCUAUUUCGGAAAAUCCAGGCACAAACUUACGAAACCACGAACAAGUCUGUAGGAAGCUUUUCAAGUGCUUGAGGUUAACAGGCUCAUUCAUCUGCUGGAUAGCCUGCACCUUGGACUCAUCAGGCAUUAUACCCUUGGGAGUAAUAAGGUGACCUAAAUACUUAACUUGGUUACAGGCGAAGUGACAUUUAUCCCUAUUGGCACGUAAUCCAAACAGUCGUAGGCGGUUAAAUACAGCUUCCAGGUCUUCCAGAUGUUUUUGGAAAUCACCUUCAGACAGAACCAGGAGAUCAUCUAAAUAACACAAUAAGGUAACGUCCUUCAAAACGCUCCCAGACCGAAAACGGUCCAUCAAUCUCUGGAAGGUGGCCGGGGCGUUCUUGAGACCGAAUGGCAUACGAGUAAAACGGUACGUACCGAGAGGUGACACGAAUGCAGUCUUAUCCCUGUCCGCAGGAGAUACGCUUACCUGCCAGUAACCUGACCGAAGGUCUAUGGUACUCAUGUACCCCUCUCUUUUGGUGGCGUGAAGGAGGUCCUCGAUGACCGGCAAAGGGUAAUUAUUGCUUUUAGUAACCGCGUUGAGACGGCGGUAAUCAACACAGAACCGAUACGUACCAUCCUUCUUAGGGUCGAGGAGAGCGGGCGCGGCCCCCGCCGACUCGCACUCCUCAAUCACACCAUCAGACAACAUCUUCUUGAUCUCUGCCUCCAUUGCGGCCCUCUUAGCGGGCGUGAGGCGAUAUGGGGGCACCGCGAUAGGUGCAUGAUCUCCGGUGUCAAUUUGAUGUUCGGCGAAGCGAGUCGCCUCUCCUCCUAGACGGAACACAUCUUCAUGGCGUUGAAGCAAUUUAGUUAACUGCAAGCGCUGAUCGCUGGUAAGCAGCAAGCCUUCGUCAGCCCUUAGCGACGUCGUGAUGUUGUUGACAAUUUUUUAGACUUAAUUAUUUAGAAUUACAGACGUAAUUCGGAACUGAUAACCAUAUAGAUUAAACAAUUUAUUUUUAGCUGUAGAUGUGAUUGGAUUGCAAAACUAGAUAAAACUACUGCUUUGGGUUUUCUUAAUGGAAAACCUAAAAUUACAUACGUCCAAUGACGACAAAUGAUUUUGAUAAAAUAUCAGUAGUAGUAUAAAUACUAAGGUCUGUAAUGUUAAUAUUCAUUCAUUCUCAUUAUAGAACUCGAUUGGCUAGAACCAUGCGUGCCAUCAUCCUGUUGGCCAUUUUGGGCUCCGCUCUCGCGGUUCCCAGAAACCCCAGCCGUAUUGUCGGCGGUACCGAACUCAUAUUGAGAGGUACCCGUACAUGGCGAACAUGCAAUAUUCCUUCUUUGGUACCUUCUUCACACAAAAUUGUGGAGGUUCUUUGUUGACUACGACUUCGGUGCUUUCCGCAGCCCACUGCUUCUAUAAAGAUUUUGAAUGGCAAUGGCGCGUUGUCCUCGGCACCUCGUUCCGAAGCUAUGGUGGCUCUGCCCACUCUAUCCAGCGUAUCAUCAUGCACCCUCAAUACAUAGAUGAAAUCUUGAACAACGACGUGGCCAUCGUUCGUCUCAGCGUACCAGCUGUGUACUCAGACAGUAUCCGACCAGCUAGGAUCCCCGGCCAUGAAUACAGCUUGGCUGACGGGUCCAUUGUAGCACACGUUGGCUGGGGCAGACAAUGGACCAACGGUCCACUAUCGGAGCAGUUGUUGCAUGUCCAUGUUAACGUCAUCAACCAGGAAGUUUGUGCUGCUCGUUAUGCCUAUCUCAAGACUCAGCCUGGUUAUGAGGAAUGGCCAGACAUUAACGAAGGCAUGUUGUGCGCGGGGAAACUGGAUGUGGGUGGCAAGGACGCCUGCCAGGGUGACUCUGGUGGUCCCCUGGCUCAUCACGGAGACAUUAUUGUCGGUGUCACAUCUUGGGGAUUUGGUUGCGGUCAUUCCUUCUACCCAGGAGUCAGUGCUCGCGUUUCUCAUUACGCUGACUGGAUUGUGGCUAACGCAAAUUAAAUGAACAAUUCAUACGUAGAUAUACGUUUGUACAACGUACACUAGAAGACUUUUUUGCA